AUGACCGCUCUGGAGGUGGGCCACUGUGCGAUUCCCCUUCGGUAAGAGAUGUGGAAUCGCCAAUUCCAGACUAUUUAGGCUGCCCUUGGGCGGGUUAUUCAACCCUUUUGUCAACAUACACUCAAUGAGGAAGUGACUUGUUUAUUCAUCUCCAUAAUCCAAUCAAUUUCUACGAGUGGCAGCAGCCGAGACCCCAGAGAGCUGGGCCACAGCAACCCAGCCAGCAAUCAAUCUUUGGGCUGGGAGUCUACAUAUUGCAUGGCGCAGAGCUAUUGCGAGCACCAAAGCUCCACCAGAAGCUGCCAACUUCAAAUGGCUACCUGGAACAACCGCACACAUCCUCACUAAGCUGCCUGCGGUGCGAACGGUAUGUCAUGUUCAAAAGGUAUCUCAGUAUACUACAAACUGGAGUGUGAGUUUCGUCGACCAACACAGCGUUACAUUUCCUCUAACAACGUCUUCUAGUUUCCUCUACUCUACUCGAGCCGUUCUCAGUGUGGUCAGGCAGAACGUUAUUUUUGCCAAGAAGAUAUUCAUCAAUAAACUCCUCUGACCGUGAGCCUGUCGUAGAGUGGGUUCCAUUACCAACAAAUCCAGUUUAUACAAGUAUCGGUGAUACGACCAAUGUUUACGCGAGUGCUCUUUUAGUAACCCAAGUACCACAGAGCAAGAACGGUAUUCCUGUAUCUACCAUGACAUGUUCGAUUGAUGCGCGUUGGGGCCCUGGAGAGGCUCUUAUGGGAAAUGGUCCCUUGGUACCAGUUCUCGACUCUGCCCAUCUGCGUGCACCUUCUGAGCAAACAAACUCAUACAACGAGGCCGCGGGCUUUCUGCCAAAAGACGAUGGAUCUUGGCAAUCUAUUUUGCUAAAACCAGAAUGGCUUAAAACCUUGACUCCUUUUUUGGAGAGUAAUGGCAAAAAUCAAUCAACACUGGCAAUCCUUUUUGAAGCAAUAGGUCUUAUCAACGGAACAAUCAGCAUUCCUGAUACCGAUAUAGUGUACAGUGUCGCAGCUAAUGCUGUCGCAACACUGGUUACUGAUGGAAUUUCUCGCAUCGGUACCCAUUCUCAAGCAGGCAACCCAACGAUUUCUGCAUGUUACAUUGAUCCGCAAGACUUCCCGUCAUUCUUUUCUGGAGAUCAGCAAGAACCUUCAUACACUUAUCCACCUCCAUUUGGCGUGAGCGCCGCAAACCAAACACAGAUGACGUGGUAUAUAACUAUACCAGGGCUUGCAUAUAAAGCCGACAAUAUUGCAAUUCAACUAGCGUUGGCUCUUCUGUUCUUCUAUAUUGCCAUGGCACUAAGUCACGUAGGCUGGAUUAUUUGGACUGGGUAUUUCUUCGGAGCCUGGAAGAAUCCAGCUGAGUUGAUGAUCCUAGCGAAGAAUUCUUCACCGGCUCCAGGAAGCUUAGCGAACACGUGUGCAGCAAUUGAGACCUCCGGUAUGUGGAAAAGGACUGCAAGAAUUAGGGUCGCAGAAAGUCAAAAACUGGAUGAUCAAGAAGAAGAGUUGCAUCUAUUGAUUGAUGCAGUUGGCGAAGCUGAUUACACACACGAGAAGGCCAAAUAUGGUGUCGCUUAUGGGCAAAGGAGAGCUGAGAACUCCCUCGCUUUAUGA